AAUUAUUUGCAUUCUACUGAGUAUGAGGAUCUGCGCAUGAAUGCGAAUCCAGAACACGUGUACAUGAAACAUGGUGAGCUACCAUGGGAAAUUCCAAGAGACGAUAUUCGUCUCGAAGAAACCAUUGCAGAAGGGUCAUUUGGAAAAGUAGUGAAAGCGUCGACAACGACUAUAGGAAUCAUACCUGAUAUUAACACUUCCGAGUUCGAAGAGAAGCCAGUCGACACCCUUGUUAUUUUUAGUAACGAUACACAACUCAACUGUAGUUUUGUUGAUGGCGAAGUUCCUGGUGAAGUUGAAUGGUAUAAAGGAACAAGGUUGAUUGCAACAAAUCGAUAUAUCAUACCUUUUUAUACUGGCGAAUAUGAAAUCGUUGGUGAAGAGAACGAAUAUCAUCUCCGUAUAUGUGAUGCUGAUAACAGUGAAGAAGACACAUUCAGCUGUCAGGAUAGGUUCGAUACAACUGUCAGUGCAUCAGCUGAUUUAUUCGUGAUAGUUGCCCCUGAAAUUGAAAUAAUUGUAAGUGGCAAUGCAGAUGUAUCUGGAAAUGUGAUAGAGGGUGAUUCCUUUGUAGUCACAUGCUUUGUAUUAAAUGCCAAUCCUGAUGUAGAAAUAUUUUUAUGGCUAGGCCCAAAUCGGCACAUUCUUAGUCAUGAGAAGAGUGAAGUUGUUGAAUCACCCUCCAGGGAGGACACGGGGAAUUACACAUGUCUGGCUAGAAAUACAUUUUUGGAUACUUCUGAAGGAGUCGGUGUCACCAUAAUUGAUGUAUAUGAAGGAAAACACGUCGUUUUACUGUGUAUAACAACCGAUGCAAACCCUCGUCCUUAUGAAAUGUAUAUAAACCACAAAGAUGACAAUGGCAAUGACAGUGUCAUGGCGGGAGUCGAAUGUGAUUUACAUAUACUUUAUAUCAUUAAAUCAAUUAGUGAAGAACAGAGUGGAACUUACACAUGUUAUGCAACAACACGUUUUCACGACGAUACGAUCGGCAAAAGUACCAGUGAUGAAAUAGCAGUAAACUUACUUCAGUAUUCAUCAGAAGAUAAUACAAAUGGAGUGAUAUUUGCAUUAAUUAUUGUAAUUAUCCUACUCUUUGCUGUUAUUGUAAUAUCAUGGAAGCCUUCGCAUACCGCUGAAUAUGAAGAUCUGCGCAUGUCUAUCAAUCCAGAUCACGUAUACUUGAAACAUGGCGAGGUACCAUGGGAAAUUCCAAGGGAAUCAAUUCGUCUUGGGGAAACUAUUGCAGAAGGAUAUUUUGGAAAAGUGGUGAAAGCGACAGCAAGUAUCGAAUCACAAAAUAUACACUCAACUGUAGUUGUAAAAAUGCUAAAAGAUGGGCUUACUGAUGAGUACCACAAGUCAAUACUCAAGGAAUUGGAGUUGCUUAAAUCAAUCACCUCACACACGAACGUUGUGACGUUGAUCGGAUGUUGCACACAAGACGGUCCCACGUAUGUUGUUCUUGAAUACAUGGAUCUUGGUGACCUACAAACUUAUCUUCGUAGAGAAAAAAGUAAUGAGGAAAAUACAUAUACUAAUCUAAACAAACAUUGUGUUCAUCGAGACUUGGCUGCUCGGAAUAUACUACUGAAUGAAAAACUGGUAUGCAAAUUAUCUGGAUUUGGAUUGGCAACUGACGUCCUUGAUCAACGAGAGUAUGAGAAAAGAACUCAGGGGCACUUACCAGUUCGCUGGAUGGCACCAGAGUCUAUAUUGGAUGGCGUGUAUACCAAUAAAAGCGAUGUAUGGUCAUAUGGUAUUGUUUUGUGGGAGAUAGCAACACUAGGUGGUGUACCAUAUAACGAUAUGUCAACAGAGGAAGUGAUCGAGUCUGUGCAGGAAGGAUAUCGAAUGCCAAGAACAAAUACAUGUCACCAGGACCUGUUUUCAGCAAUGGAACUUUGUUGGGCAGAUAAUCCAGAGCGAAGACCUACGUUUCAGAAGUUGACAAAGAUAUUGAAGGUCAUUUUAAAUGGCGAUAAGAUGACAGGUGAUAUACAUAUCUAUGAAGAACCUCGGAUGUGA